AUGACAAGUGGAGAGGUAACUUGUGAAAGUAAAUCGAACGAUAGACAACUUGAUCAAAAGCGAACAAAUAAUAGACCUUCGACUUUUGUUCCUAUAUCUCAACAACAUUCCCCUACUAUUGGAGUUUUUAAUCCUGCUCAAGCGUCAACAGAAUUCUCAACGCAAAAUACAUCAGGAUUGACUAUGAUGCCUCCCCAUAUGUUUCCAGGUAUCGUUCCACCACCGAUCUCGGGUCCACCUUCCGGACCUCGACGUAAUAACAAUAGUAAUCAAAU